AUGUCAACUCCAAGCUCCCAGGACGAGCUGGGCCUGAUCCGUCAAGAGGAUGGCCUUUGGCCCGCCAUCUGCAUCGUCAACCAGUCCUUCGACAUCUACCUGGGGACUCGGGACUCGAACUCGCAGCAGAUCCCCAACGACACGGUCUUCCAAUUCGUCGUGCUCGCCUCGCCUGAGGCGCUGCAGGUCUUUCUCGGCGAGCGCGACGGCUCCCAACUACGGCUGGAUGGAGCUUGGAUGCCAGACCGUCACUGGGGGACGGUCGUAUUUCUGAAAUGGCUCAGCUCAAGAAGCAUUUGGCCAAGCUGCGAUGCUCCCAAACGACAUCUCGGCGUCGUUCCGGUUUUUUGUCGAACCUGGUCAGCUGGAGCGUGUGUGCCCUUCAACACUGUCAAUCUCCCGAGCGAGACCGAGACGCUCCUACGUUCUGAGCCCGCACUCAAGUUCUGA